AUGCACCUGGACAGGCGAGCCUGGAUCGCGGCGGCGCGUGACAGCCUGGCCUCACGGCUGGGCGGCGAGGCCGCGGCGGCGCUGGGCCUGGACCGCAUGGGCGCCGCGCUGUGCCCCUCCUUCACGCCCGCGGAGGAGGCGGCAGUAGCGGAGGGCAUGCGCGCGCUGGGCCGCGACUUCCACGCCAUCUGCGCGCGCUUCCUGCCCCACCGCGCCGCCGGCGACCUGGCCGCCUACUACUACAACGUGCUCAAGAUCGGUGCCAGCCCGGCGGCGCGCGCCUGGCUCGACGAGCAGCACGAGGCCGCCGCGGCGCAGCAGGCCGAGGCCGAGGCCGCCGAGCGGGAGCGGGAGGCGGAGGCGGCGCGGCGCGCGGAGCGGCAGGAGGCGGCCAACAAGAAGCGCAUGCUGCGCGAGGCGGCCGCCUGGGUGCGCGCCGCGGGGCGCGCCCCCGCCGAGGCCAACUUCAACAAGUGCGCAGGGCUUGGUGGGGGUCCCGUCUUUGGUGCGAGGGGGGUGCAGAGUUUGGCCGCCGCGUGCACGGCCUCGGCGACCCCCUUCCUCCCCUUCCCAAAACUUCAAACCUCCAGGCCCGUGGUCAAGGAGCGGGCGCUGCGCACUGCCAGAGUCCUGCACGCCCUGGACGCGGCCGGGAUCCCCGACGACGCGCUGCCGGCGCCGCUGCGCGCCGCCGCCACCCCCCGCACCCUGCUGGGCUGCAAGCUGGUGGCCCCGGACCCACGCCCCGCGCAGCUGGCGCCCGUCUGCUUCUGA